GCCCCGGCCGCCUUUGUUCGCGCCGGGACCCGCGGGGCGCGGCGGAGCCUCCGGGACCCCCGGGCUCCGCCGCAACUUUUCCCCUUCGGCGCGGCCAGGCGGAGCCGCGCGGUCCCUCGGGGCGGGAGCGGGCUUGGUGCGGGACUCGGAGUCCGGGAGCGGGGCUCGGACCCGGUGGCCGCUGCGGGGUCGGAGCUGCCUUGCUGGGGUCGCGGGUCCCGCGGGAGGCGGGCUGGGAGGGAGGCAGCGCUCGGAGCCGGUCUGUGCGACCUGGGGGAGGAAACGAGCGUACAAAGGAAGAGACGGAAAAGUCCUCCAUGGAGGCUGUGGUGGCUGCUCCCGUCGGGAAGGGGCGGCCGGCGCCGGGAUUCGGAGACGCGGUCGCUUUUAGCAUCGGUCGAAAGCCGCUGGCGCUUCCCGAGGGUUCGGAGUCUGCUUCUCUGCGUGGCACCUUGGAGUUUCUAGCUGGCACCAUUACCUCCAACGAGUGGAGUUCUCCCACCUCCCCUGAGGGGAGCAACGACUCAGGGGGCAGCGAGGCCUUGGACAAACCCAUUGACAAUGAUGCUGAGGGUGUGUGGAGUCCGGACAUUGAGCAGAGCUUCCAGGAAGCGCUAGCCAUCUACCCACCAUGUGGACGGCGAAAGAUUAUCCUGUCAGACGAAGGCAAGAUGUAUGGCCGAAAUGAGCUGAUUGCCCGCUAUAUUAAGCUGAGAACAGGGAAAACACGCACAAGGAAGCAGGUAUCUAGUCACAUCCAGGUCCUGGCAAGGAGGAAAGCCAGAGAGAUCCAAGCCAAGCUGAAGGAUCAGGCAGCUAAAGAUAAAGCGAUGCAGAGUAUGGCUACAAUGUCAUCUGCCCAGAUUAUCUCUGCAACUGCCUUCCAUAGUAAAAUGGCCUUGCCUGGUCUCCCACGACCAGCCUACCCUGCUGUUUCUGGGUUUUGGCAAGGACCUUUGCCAGGCCAAGCUGGAUCUUCCCAAGACGUGAAACCUUUUUGUCAACAACCUUAUGCUGUACAGCCUCCGCUGCCAUUACCAGGGUUUGAGUCUCCUACUGGUCUCUCGCCUUCCCCAUCAGCACCAGCUUGGCAAGGACGAAGGGUUGCUAGCUCCAAACUUUGGAUGUUAGAAUUCUCUGCGUUCCUGGAACAACAACAAGACCAAGACACAUAUAACAAACACCUGUUUGUGCACAUUGGGCAGUCAAGCCCCAGCUACAACGACCCCUACCUGGAGGCAGUGGAUAUCCGGCAGAUCUAUGACAAGUUCCCUGAGAAAAAAGGGGGCCUGAAGGAGCUCUUUGAAAGGGGGCCAGCUAAUGCCUUCUUCCUUGUCAAAUUCUGGGCUGAUUUGAACACCAAUAUUGAAGAUGAAUCCAGAUCUUUCUAUGGCGUUUCCAGCCAAUAUGAGAGCCCAGAAAACAUGGUCAUUACCUGUUCUACAAAAGUAUGUUCCUUUGGAAAGCAAGUGGUGGAGAAAGUGGAGACAGAGUAUGCACGCUAUGAAAAUGGACACUAUUCCUAUCGCAUUCACCGUUCCCCUCUCUGCGAAUACAUGAUAAACUUCAUUCAUAAACUCAAGCACCUUCCUGAGAAGUAUAUGAUGAACAGUGUGCUGGAGAACUUUACUAUCUUACAGGUAAAAAAUGUAACACCAUGCUUUCUCUGUGGAAAAAAAAACACAAACAAGCAACAAUAACGCCACCACCAAAACUGUCAAACUUGUCCUCAUUGUCUACUGGCCUCCUGUCCUGCUCAUCUUUGAGAAAGCAAUUCUUUAUCUUCAAAGUCUGAGCCUGAGUUGUUUGAAGACUGACAACAAUUCUUGAAUGAAGGUCCUUCAGUCAUCAGGUACAGUGGGAGCUGCUGCAUUAAAGCUACAGCAUCCAGGAGAUGGACUUUUUUUGAACUCUAGAACCAAAAGAAAUUCUCUCCACAGUUCUCUCUACCUCCUGCUGCAUUGCAAGACAAAUUUCCUCCGUUUCCUGCUUUAAGGUAAACACAUAUCAACAUUUGUAUGGCUUUGUACAUAAAUAAAUGAUGAACAGAAUUUUGCUGCGUUUGCAUUCCUUCUAGCGGAGAGAGGAACAAAGAGGUGGCGGGUGACAGUUGUGUUGUGGGCAGCAUUACCACCAGGAUGUUGAACUGAACAGUUUACUAAAUCACCAUAGGGCAGAAUGGAAGGUAUGACAGAAUAAAGCUCCUAUGAGUAGAGUGUUGGAAUGAAAGGAUACAGGCUCUUUAGGAAGGACAGGCAGGAGAGACAAGGAGAGUGUGAAGAAUGUAGAUGCAAUUCGUGCCAGAAAACACACGACCUGCAAAUUAGCAUUACAGACGAUAGGGAAAAAGGCCUGCUGGAAUGACUGGGAGCCUGAGUGAAGGACCCCCUAGGGAGGCAUGGAACAAUAGCAGGAGACUAUGGAUUAACUUGAUAACGACCUGAAAGAUACCUCGUGCAAGAAACCGAGUUCAAAGUACAGAAGUGAAGAUAAGGAAAAUGAAAAGGAGAUCACCACAUGGACAAUAUCGACCUGCAGAAUAAUAUAAAAGGAACUGAGAACUCGGACUUAACUCAUUUGUUGUUGGUGGAGGGGAGACUCCCCAGCGCACCCAGCGCUGUUUGCUUCUAAUGCUUUCCCAUAUAAAUAUAAUAAAGCAAUCUUUUGCAGAAAUUACGAUUGAUUGAGUAUUUAUAACAAAUUGGGGGCUCGUCCAGGAUAUCGGCUUGGGUUGCCGGAGACGUUCCUUUGUUCAGGAGGCGCCCCACUAACUGUGGCCUGGUGAAGAAACGAUUCUGGUAGAUACCUUGCCUAUAUCAACCCUAAAUAGAGGAAAGCUAGAAGCAAAGUUUGAGCUCCCUACGAAAUUGCUGCAGUCAAAUUUGUACCCAUAAUUCUUGUGCACGAAGAUCCGGACGGGAACGUCGGACUGUAAGUACCGUUCGGUUGGGUGGAUAGCCAAAGUGUGCGUGCUUGAGACACAACAGGGUUGUGAAGUGAGUGUGGACCUCUUCUAGGUGCAUUUCCAGUCUCCCGCGAGGGACCUGGUCACCGAAGGAGGGAAGUGAGUGAAAAAGGGUGAAAGGAGUCACACUUGGCGGAGAUGGGGCAAAGGAAAGGUAAAUUCCCUAGCCCCGGGAAAGGCCCACAGAGAGGUCCUCGGAAAUGGGUAGGGAGCAAGUUAAAGUGAAAUUCCCUAGCCCCAGGAAGGGCCCACAGAGAGGUCCUUGGAAACAGAUAGCGAGCAAGUUACCAGAAAUACCCUCAGACAGUCUGCUGGGGUUAAUGUUCAAACAUUGGGAUGAAUGGCCAUCCUGGAAGGAGAAGACUAAGGAGAAAAUGGUCCAUUACUGUAUGGAAGUUUGGACUAGGGAGGAAAUAAGGCCUGACCAUUUGUUUUGGCAAAUUUUCAGAUCUUUUGAUGAUUGGAUUUGUCAGACUUUGAAUCUAUAUAUGGGAAGGAACCAUUCAGCCAGGAGGAAAGUGACUAUGCUUUAUGGCAAGGGUCCUCAAUGAGGAUAUCAUUGUACCCCUUAAGAGAGAAAAAGAAGGACAAACAAGAUUGGGAGGUUUUAGUUAAUUUACCACCCCCAUAUGAAACCAAGGGGAAGAGAGGGUGGAACCCCCCCACUCCGGAAAAUGGAGGUCCUACAGUGCCUCUCACAGUCCCCACCCGCUUUGCGAACUAGAAGUAAGACCAGAAGAGAGGAGGAACAACCAAAGGAACAUCUCCCCUUACGUGAAGUUCCUCUGGGAGGAAAUGUCGGGGGAAUAAGAUUUGUAGAUCCCCCUCAAUACAGGGGAUGUAAGAACAUUUAGAAAAGAAAUGGGGCAACUGCUACAUGACCCCUUGGGGGUCUCCAAAAAAUUAGACCAACUUUUGGGACCAAAUACCUAUACAUGGGAUGAAAUUCAGUCAGUUUUAAGUGUAUCGUUUACCAUGGAGGAGAGGGAAAUGAUAAGGCAAGCAGGUAUGCGAAAUUGGGAAGAUGACACCAGCGGGGUCCGCCGGGGGAGCAGAAGUGGCUGAAUCAAAAUCCCAAUUUGAAUCAACAAAAUGUACAUGAUAGGCAAAACAUGUUGAAUUUAAGGGAAAUGAUUAUUCAAGGCAUCAGGGAGGCAGUUCCCAGGGGACGAAAUAUAGUUAAGGCCUUUGGGGAACAUCAGAGGAGAGAUGAUGUUGGGAAAUGGUUAAGUGAACAAGGACAUGAGGAUGUUGAGAAAUGGAUUGAGGAAUGGCUGGAUGAGCAAGGGCAUGGGUCAGUGGACUGAACCUUGAGCUUCGAGUCCUUGAGUUUCGAGUACAUCCUGUAAGAUAAGGAACUUUUGAAGGCCAAGCGGAUCCUUCACAAGGAAGCAAGAUGAAAUACUGCGCACAGCUGUAACCGCAAGGCAACUAUGAAGAAAUAAACAAAGUCUGAAGCUCUAGCAUGGCAACAACGAAUCAGUAUUAGACAAGUGUUUGUACUAACCAAUUAAAUUGUAGCAGUAUUUGCUAACCAAGAUAUAUAUUCUGAGCUGUUGUUAAAUAAAGUUGAAGCUUGCUUUAUCACUCAUAUUGAGUCGUCUGCUUGCUUCCCUCGCCCGUCGAAAGUGGCGCCCGAACAGGGACCCCCCAAUCCCUGUUUCCACCGGACGGCGAGCUCGGCGAAGCACUGGUAAGCAGCGACCAGGGGGCAGAAGAUCGGCAACACUGAAUCAGUACUUACGAUCCGCGCCUGAACCUGGAUACCAAAGGAGGAGGUUCGCCAGCCGAGUAAGAAGACUACCUACUCGUAUAAAGGAAAGGCUGCACUACUUGAGGACUGGCUAACAUAAGAGGGUCCGUUAAGCUCGCAAUGGAAUGAGAGGUAGCAUUUGAAAUUUUACACUUUUUAGAAAAGCGGGGAGUAGGUCCGAUUAAGGACUUAAUAGACGAGUGGAGAAAUUAUGGAGAUUGUUUGUAAAAGUCGGGAAAAGUGCCAGGAUACAGUGACCGGAAGGUGAAGAUUAAGAGCUUAUGAUUUCAUUAGGGAUCGUCGCACUCUAGUCCGAACGCCUGAAUCGUCAAAAAGGGAUCCGCCACCCGACAUCAUAAGGCUUUGGAGAGAUAAGACGGAACAGGGCUACACGUAAGACUUUAUAAAUUUAUAAGGGGCUUUUCUCUGACCAGAAAUGGAUAGAGAAAUGGCUUAUGAAAUAUUACAAAGCUUCUUAGAGAAGCGAGGACUUGACUCACUAUAUCUCAAACAACUUGCGGGCCUCAUUGCCUUAGGAAAAACUAAGGGAUGCUUUAAGGAUCCGAAUGAGAUAUUUGAGGAAAGUGAAUGGCGCAAAUUUGGGAACAUCCCAUGGGAGGCCCUUAUAGAUGAUGAUAAAACUGCAAAGAAAUUAACGAAAGCCUGGAGAGAGAUUACAAAUUGUAUAAAACGUUACAAGGUAGAAAAACAGUUAGAUGUUGAAAUCCAACACCAGAAAAUAAUAGCGAGGAAUCAGAGGAGGAAGAAGAUGCCACGAAAAUGCUGUAACAACCAAGGACUGUUACCUGUUAAACUAUUGAUACAAACCUUAUUUUGUGAUAUAUGUGCAUGUUUUGAGUGCUGUGUGUGUUUGAUGCCAUGUGUAGUUUAAAUAUUCAUACCAUCAUGCUGUUCUUAUUGACCGGUCGCAAACAAUGUUGUAUAGGUAUAUUAAUCCAGCUCUCAAAAGAGUGGUUCUGUGUGUGUGUAUGCAUGUGUGUGUUCAAAGCGCUUUAAACGUUUGUAAGACUUGCAAACUGGGUUUUGGUUAUAUUGAGCCUCUGUUCUGAUUAAUCUUUAAAAUGCAACUCUGAAACCUUUCAAUCUCAAACAUCCACUAAGCCGGCAAACAGGGACAUUUACCUGGGGCCUUUGAAGUGAAAGGCUGCAGAUGACAAGAUUUUAAAAUACAUUAAAAAAAAAAAUAGAAAAAAGAAAGAAAAUAUGAAAACGGAAAAAGAAAAAAUAGA